UUUCUCGAGUCCCCGGCACUCCGGCAGUCAACUGUAAACAUGGCGCAGGAACCCUGGAAUAAAAUUUAUAUUCCUUUUCCAAGUGCUGUUUCUUCGAUUCGAAUCCCUUUUACUGAUUCAACGGAUAUCUUGAUUAACUGUCUGCUGGCUGACUGUGAGACAGUGUUGACCCUGUUAUGUAGUGAAGUUCUGCAGACAGAAAUCCGUGUGCUCUACGAACUACUUUACGUUUUGAACAACGGCUUCAGACAACACAAGCCAUUCCGAGCAUUAAAACAGGUUGAACAAUGUGUAAACCGCUUAAAAGAGAUGAAGUUACAAGCAGCAGUAGAAGAUCUGCAGGAACUGUGUCCAAACAAAUUUCAGAGGGAUGCUGGAUUAGAGGUUGGCGAGUGUAAUGUUCCCAGUCAGCCCAUGUUGGAGUGGCUCUGUCUCAAACUACUUGGAGCCUCGAGUCUUUCAGCCCGAACGCUGGAGCGGUGCACCCAGGCUUUCAUACUGACACGACAGCACCUGCAGCUGCGCGAGUUCAUUGUGCUGAAUGUGGUGAUGCUCAGCAUGCUCAGUCGUCUCUGGGUAUUCUUCAGAGGUAUUCUGAGAGCCCUCAUCCCCAUGUACAAAAGAGCCACUGAACUCCUUCAGAAGGUGUCACAGUCCAAGCCCAUGGCCUACCUGACCGACUUCACCCUGCCUGGAGACCUGAAAGACUUCCUGUGCCUCGCACACCCUGAUCUACUGAUGGAAGAAGGCACCAAAGACCUUUUAAAGGUCCCAAGGCCAAGCAAGUCCAAAUUAUCUGUCCUUUGCAGGUUGUUUGGGGACAGAGGGCAAGAAGAGAAUAAUGGAGAAGAGGAGCGAGAGAUGAUGCCAAUAUUUUCUGCUGGUUAUGAUGAAGGUUCUAGUCUGGAUCUGGGGGCUGCAGUUUUACAACAACAGCCAGAUGUCUCACCCUAUGGACUGGAGAUGAAGGUUGUGCUUCCACAAUCUUGUAAAACCACCAAACAGAUGUCUCUGGAUCCACAGAUGAAAUCGGACUUCUCAAGCCAAAUUGCAGUCUGUCAGAAGAGGAAGUUCUUGGAGUCAUUGGAGAAGGUGUCCUCGUUCAGAAACAUGGCUGCCCAUCUGAAGGAAGUGAUGCACUGGUGCCGGAGCUGUAAGUUUCAUCGAGAGCGUAAGCACCUGGCCUUCUUGCGCCUGAAGUGUCUGAGGAUGGAAAGUCUGGAAGCUGAAGGUGUCAGGGUGGAGAAGAGUUUGAAGAAGUUUAAGCUAGAAUUUCAAAAGGCAUUGAUGCUUCCAAAGACUCUCCCACCAAAACGUUCCUGUUCCUUCACUGCACUUUGGAGAACUCGAUGGCACCUCAGAACCUUCAUGGCACGCAACAGAACUAUCAGAUCUAGAUCUGCAUAUACCAGGAUGUGGUCUAAAACAGUUAAAAACUUGUCUGUGUCAUUGAAACAUGUGAGGAACUGCAGCCAACCACAACAAUUCCCAAAAAAAGAAGUGUCAAGAAACAAUAUGGCACCUGGAGCCAAGGAAGAAAAAAUGGACUCACAGACUGUCUUGCCGAAACCAAAUAUCCAGAAGAAUGAUAUUGAUGAUAUUUUUGAAUUCUUUGGAUUUUAAGUUGUACUAUAUGUAGGUUGAAUGCAUCAAUGUUAUUAUGUCUAAAAAACCUAGGCACAAAAAGUAACCUCUGAUCACUGUGA